AUGCGGCGCGACGUGCCCGUGCAGGAGGCCGUGGUCACUUCCACGAAGAGCAUGCUCACGCUGGUGUGCAAGAGGCCAGUCGACUUCCAGUUCGCUCCUGGCCAGUACGCGUACAUCCAGAUACCUUCUUUGGACAUUACGUUCCACCCGUUCUCCAUCGGCUCUGCGCCGGAGGAAGCUGUGCUCAGGUUCUACAUCGUGGUGUACAAGGGUCAGCGGACCGAGAAGCUGGCCGACGCCAUCGAAAAGAGGACGAUCAGCAGAGUGAACAUCAUGGGCCCGUUUGGUCCAGGGUUCGAUACAAAUAACUUCGUGAGCGUCAGCGCAGUGGGCACGGGGACGGGCAUCGUGCCCAUGAUGUCGUUGAUGAGGGAGCGCUAUCGCAGGCUGACGCUCAUGAACAAGGAGCUGCUGCAAGGGAUUCAAGAAGACCCUGAGAAAGCGGUUCGGCUUGAGCACAUGGCGCUCAACGAGGCCGUGGUCCACACGGGGCUCAUCAUGCUGCAGUACCAGUGGAAGCUGCGCUGCAUGCGGGCGAGAGGCACGCAGACUUCGAUGAUCAUGUCUUGGGCCACGAAUCGUACGUACUGCCACUACGCGUUCGACUUCAUCGCGCACAUCGUCCUGCUGCUGGACAUGUGUCAGGGCUUCUGGACGUUCUCUUGGAAGUACCUGGACGAAAUGGAGUUCAAUGCCAAGUUCCCAAAGGUCGAUGCCGGCCAGUGGAAGGCGAUGGAGGUCAUGAGCCUCGUCUGCAUCUCGUUCUUCUUGGUGCACCGGGUCCACUUCUGGGCGAAUCCUCGCAUCUUUGAGCGGUCAUUCGCGUACGUGCUUGAUGUGGUGGCAGUGGCGUUUAUGCUCGGCACCCACUUCGCAUGGGCGGGCGAGGUUCCGUCCUUCUACAUCGCCCCCUCUCACAUGGCCUUGCUCUUGCGCGGCUCUUUCGCGCUAUGGCGCAUCGCGCGCAUCUACGCCGCGAGUCAGGUCCUGCGCAUGGGCGACGCCAGCUCAAAGUUGGGUGUCGAGCACGACCUCGUCAAGAACGGGAAGUUCCGCGUGCUCUGGAUGUUGCGUGGAGGAGACGGCUUCGCGGCCAAUUGCGAGGAGUUGGAGGACAUGAUGACGGACUUGCUCAAGAAGUUCAGCCGCUGGCAGCUGGAUCUCCUCUUCGGCCUCGACGUCUACCUCACGGGCGUGACCCCAGCCGAGGAGCGGAGGCUCCGGAGGCUCAUCCAGGGAUCGGCUAUCGAGAGCUGCGUGCGCUUCGAGCGCCGCGACGUUGUCGAGUGGGUGGUCAAGAGGAUGUCGGACGUGCUCAGGGACACUCUGCACGACAGGUGCGCCACCACGGGCGGCUCCAUGAUCGCCUUCUGUGGGAGUCCUGCGGUGGGCUUGCAGGUAUGCCGAGGAGUGCAGGAGGCGAACAUGCACGCCAGCGUGCUGCGGAUGGCUGGCUGCCGCAUGGCGUUCCAGGAGGGGCACUACGGCGUCGUGGGAGGCAAGCCGAAGGCGGUGGUGCGAAGGAGGUCUCGGUUGACAGCGUUGCAGCGCCUGAGGAUCGGACAAGAGAACCAGUGGGUUUCCUGA